AUGGGGCAUGUGGCUGUUGGUACAUCAACUAAUGGAGCCACUUAUAAGAUCCCUGGAAGGGUAGGUGAUGGACCCAUUGCAGGAUCUUCAGCAUAUGCUGAUGCUGAUGUUGGUGCUUGUGGUGCAACUGGGGAUGGCGAUAUCAUGAUGCGCUUCCUUCCAUGUUAUCAAGUUGUUGAAAGUAUGAGAUUAGGAAUGGAACCUAGGCUUGCAUCGAAAGAUGCAAUAUCAAGAAUUGCAAGAAAAUUUCCAGAAUUUGUGGGAGCUGUUGUUGCUGUCAAUAAAAAUGGUGUGCAUGCUGGUGUUUGUCAUGGAUGGACAUUUCAGUACUCCGUCAGAAGUCCAGUAACUGAGGAUGUAGAGGUUUUCAAUGUACUUCCCUGA